GGUGUGGUAGAGUGCGGGGGGCGGCCCGGGUGCUCCCACACCACCGCCCGUGAUGGGCGGCCGCUGUAGCAGGACACACGGUGUACAAGACAGCCACUGGGUGUUGGCCCCGCCCGCCGCCCACCCCAACCUGUUGCCUCCUGUAAAGACCCCGCCCAGUGCCACCUGCCUGUGUGGCACUCUACACCACAGGUGCCGCGUGGUGCCAAGCGACCUCACACUACACCAGGAGGGCUGGGUCUCCUCACACGCCUUCCCACCCUCAUCACACCUGCCUCAUGUCGCCCGCAGCCAUGAGGUGCCACCCGGUGCUAUGGCCCCGCGUGGCACCGUCAUGUGCCACCAGCAGCCUCCAGGGCCGGCGGAUGUGCCACUCUUGGCUGACUCUGGCCGCCCUGGACCCCGCACCACGAAGGCGGCGGAUGUGGCUUCCUGCUCCAGCGGCACGGCGGCCGUGGCCACCAGCAGCAGCAGCAGCAGUGUUGCUGGAGCCGUCGCUGCUGCCGUGGCCACGGUCUGGCCCACCAUGCCUACCACCCUCGGCCCGCCCCCGCCCUCUGCCUCGCCACCACACACCUGCCUCGACAGUAGUCACACUUGUAAACUCAUAGACGCUAUGAAAAUAAACAAUAUUAUUAAAGAAAAAGUUUGGGAAAUUGGGAAGGAAUUGGCACCCAGUGGCGGAGUGUGCCAGUGUAGGGGCGGAGUGUGCCAGUGUAGGGGCGGAGUGUGCCAGUGUAGGGGCGGAGUGUGCCAGUGUAGGGGCGGAGUGUGCCAGUGUAGCGGCGGAGUGUGCCAGUGUAGCGGCAGGACUGUGACCUCUGCUCCUGUAGCGGCUGCUGAAGGAGACGCUGCCGGCCACAAGUCAGCAGUAAGCGUCAGGGCCCACACAGGAGAGGUCAGAACCCGGACUUGUCAGCGUGCCUCUAUGCCUGAAGCCCCUAGCCACUGGUGCCACAGUGGUGGCCCGGGCCACACCCACCACCGUGGCCCGGGGCACAUCUCCUCCAGCCUAGCCCGCUCCUUCUGGUGGGACCAGUUCCUCACACAUUUCCUUCGGACCAUUCAGGACCCGGCCAGCCAGCGACUCACCUGGUACAAGCCUCCACUCUCCGUGUUGGUCAUCAAGAAAGUCAGAGACGCCCAGGUCAUCCAGCCCUUCAUCCAACUGGUCAAGUGGCUCACCAUUGAGAAGAGAAUGCUGGUGUUCGUGGAAGCAUCGGUCCUGGAAGACAGUUUGGUCACAAGUCACUCUGGUUUCCCCUCGCUUAAAGACAAGCUCAUGAGCUUCAGGGAAGGACAGGAUGAUCUCACUGAUAAAAUUGACUUCAUCAUCUGCUUGGGUGGCGACGGAACGCUCCUGUACGCCUCCUCACUCUUCCAGCAAAGUGUACCACCAGUUAUGGCCUUCCAUCUUGGCUCUCUAGGUUUUCUCACACCUUUCAAAUUUGACAACUUUCAAGAUCAGGUGACACACGUUUUAGAAGGCCAUGCUGCACUGACUCUCCGAUCACGUCUACGUUGUAUAAUAUUACGCAAGGACCAGGAGACAGGAAAGACAGGUCGUCCCCCAACUAACUUAUUAGUGCUCAACGAGGUGGUCAUAGAUCGUGGCCCAUCACCAUACCUGUCCAAUAUAGACCUCUACCUUGACGGCAAACGCAUCACUUCGGUACAAGGAGAUGGUCUAAUAGUGUCCACGCCCACUGGAAGCACAGCAUACGCCGUGGCUGCCGGGGCCUCGAUGAUCCACCCUUCUGUUCCUGCUAUCAUGCUCACACCUAUUUGCCCACAUUCUUUAUCAUUCAGACCAAUUGUAGUACCUGCAGGAGUUGAACUUAAGAUAAAGUUGAACUGCGAUGCUCGGAAUACGUGUUGGGUAUCGUUUGAUGGACGCCACCAGCAGGAGCUGUUGGUUGGAGAUAGCCUUCGUGUAACUACCUCCAUAUAUCCAGUUCCCUCAAUCUGUGCUGAAGAUCAAAUUGCUGACUGGUUUGCUUCUCUCGAUGAAUGCUUACGCUGGAAUGAUCGCAAACGUCAAAAGCACUUUGAUGAUACAGAGGACAUGAGUCCAACAGACCUCACCUCUGACCUUACUCAUUCCUCAAGUUCAGACACACUCGACUCACUCAGUGAAAGAAAUGAGGGCUGUGAUAAUUAGGUUGAUCAUAAUAUAUUCACACUGGUUGGAAGAUCGCUUUUGAUCAGUGGAAAACUGGUUACCAGUUUAACGGAGAGGCGGUACUAACUUGCACAUCACUAUAUUCAUUCCUGGAAGUUGUUUGCAGCAGAGCAUACGACCAAGACACCUUCCAUCUCAUCACCUUCAAGACGGUGCCCAUCUUUUUUAUUUUUAAUUUCAAGUUAAUUUUUGUAUUGUUUAUUUAUGAUUAAAUUUAGUUAAUUAAUAUUGGAUGAUUUAUUAGUGUCCCAGAUUUGUAUAAUAGUAUUUUAAUUAAUUUUGUAAUUUUUUAAGAUUCUUCCGCUGUUCAUUAAAAUAUGAUUAAAAGACAUUUAAAAAACUGAUUAGAGCCAAUUACAAAUCAACAUAAGGCUACAAGCCAUAUAUGAGCAUAUAUAUAACUUGGAAAGUUAUAUAUAUGCACUCAUUGACCAGUUAUGUUACUGGUAUGAAUCACUAACUGUUAAUCAAGUAGUAUUGGCAAAAGAGUAAUUCAUUACCUAGACAACAAAUUCACCAAGUGAAUGGAAAAAUUAUUAAUGGAAUUCUUUGCUUUUAUAUUUUUAUUAAAAUAUAAUCUGAUGGUACUGGAAAUAUGUACACGUUUUGUAUAUGAUUUUGUUUUGCUACAAAAUUUAGCUGUGGCACACAAGGGCAAAUGAUAUUGCUAAAAUAACAUUACCAUGACAUUACUACACAAGACCCAACAUCAGUCAAUGCCUACUUUUAAUAAAAUGUUAUAUAUUUAAAUAUGAUUUAGAACAAAGUAAAAAUACAGUAGAACCUCGGUAUUCGAACAGCUUUUAGUUCAAACUUUUUGGCAUGGACGCUGUGUUCAUGUUCGGUAUUCGUUCAUUUGCUCGGCAUACACACAAACACGUGUCUAUGUGUCAGUUUCACCAUAGGUGUAGUUCAGUACACAACCCACUACUUUUCUUUGGGAUAUUUUGGAUAUUCUUAGUGUAACCAUGUCACCUAAGAAAGUUUGUGAUAAGAUCCAAGCAAAAAGAGAAAUGGUUAGAACCAUGAUAGAUGAAGAAAGACCUCAAAGCAAAAUAUGAAAGUGGUGCCCGUGUGUCUGCGCUUGUUACCCAGUUUGGUAUGCCUAAAUCUAGUUCUCUAAUAAAAGAAAUGAGUGCAAAAAAACGGGAGGGGGGGAGAAGGCAGAAGUGAAAAGUUUUCUUGAAAAAUGUCACCCCUGACAAAGAUGUGACCGUGUUAUAAACCUGUUUAAUGACAAUGCUAUGUCUCAUUUUAAAAAAACAUUGUAAAGCACAGGCAAAAGCAAUCAUCCUUGGACAAAUUUCUUUGUAAAAAAAGCAUCUAGUGAGUCUGAGGGAAACAGAAAAGAAAGAGCACCCCAGAAGUACAACUACCUGAAGUUAUAAUGGUAGGGGAAGACUCUCCUGCCAAAUAAUAAUCUCUUCCUCUGCCUCACCACCUUCCAUAUAUACCAUCAACUCUAAGUGCAGGUAAAUUACAUACUGUGUUAGCAUUUAUUUCAUUGAAUUAUUGCAUUAAUAUAUUUAGUUUUGUGGUCUGGAAUGGAUUAAUCCAAUUUAUAUUAUGCCUUAUGGGAAUUUUUUUCUUCAGUACUGUAUUUGAACAUUUUGGCAUCUUUCUCGCCUUCAGGAACCAAUUAAGAUCGAAUACCGAGGUUCCACUAAUAGAUUAGUUAAUACUAUAUCUUUAUUUUAACUGAAUAUUUAAAGUUGCAAAACUUCACCCUAUUGAAAUUGUAUUGAAUCGUGUACUUAACCCUUUGGCUGUGACAAACUAUCUCUUGACUAUCUUUCCAGAAUUAAAAAAAAAAAAAAUAUAGCUAAGAAAAGGCACCUCUUUCCAAGACAUAAUAUUGUAAAUAUAACCGACAGUUCGUAAUGGUCAGAUAAUUUGUUGGAUUCUUAAUGGGUAGAGUAUUCUUGUUUUGGGUUUUAUCAGUCUUAUUAAAUUUGAUAAUAAUAUCUUCUUUCCAUAUAUACAAUGAAAAAUCAUUAAAUAUAUUUUUGUACAAAAUAUGGUAAAUUAUUAAUAACAAAACUAAACAUUAGGAUGUGUUCCAAAUGAAUAGAAUGUCAUAAUUUAAACAUCUUUUUACCAAGGAAUUUACUAUAUUUUAUUCACAAAUAACAAUAACAGUAAUUUUUACUAUCUUUGUGUUUCCUCAUUGAUUUUUAUUUUUAACAUUUAUAAUUAGAAAAAUAGAAUGCUCCUUCCAUACAUACCAUUAAUCAUCAUUAAUAAUUAAAAGCAGAAAAUAUUGGACGAGUCCAGACCAAGAAGUAAAUAUUUACAUAAGAAAAGCUUUCUUAACUUGUAAAUAGGCAAAUAUAGUUUGCUUACAUGAGGAGCAACAUUCCAAUUCUGCUGCUAUACAUUAUUUGAAGAUGUUAUUCUGGGGACUUAAAUAGAGGUCACUUAUCGUGUUGUUAGCAUAUUUUCCUUGUGUCGACUUAUCAUUUAGUGCAGCCAAAGGGUUAAAUAUAUCUAUGAAUUAAAAACACUUUUAAGUAUACAUAAGAAACUGACAAUUUUCAUACUUAGAUCAACAGUAUGUGUUACAUAAGAGAGAUUUUAACAACUAUCCUUGAGUACUGUACUUGACAUUUUUAUAGUAAAACAAAAUAUACAAAAUCAUCAACUAUAUUUGUCAUUAUAAAAUAGACCUAAUACUGUAAUUAUAAAUAUUUUUUGAGCCUCAUAAUACUUAGAACAUUAACAAAAAUUAUAUAAAAGCAAAAAUUUUAGAUGUUAUUAGUUUAACCCUUGGUAUGUGCAUAGGAUAAAUCCAGCAUUAUCUGUGUGUACAAAAAUGUUCUCAUAAUUUAUUAUAACCCAUACCCAUGCACUGAACGCAGAAAAUGUCCAAAACACAGUACAGUAAGUCACUUUACAAGAUGGCAGAUGUUUACUGGAGGCCCCAAAUGCCAGCUGGGAACACGGUACCAGAGGGAGUUUCAAGAUGUUGUGAAGAACCAAAAGCAUCUUAUGAUGUUUUGGUCUACUCACAUAUUCUCACUUAUGCACCCCAAUGGUUGAUAUUAAACAGAGUGCAAGUGGAUUUUAAGGGUUAAGAAAGUUGUGUUGUAGCCAUUCACAAGCUGUGCUAAACUCUCUAGAGUAAAGCAUUGGGGCUAUACAUAAAGUACUCUGAGCGUCACUGUCAUAGUUGGAAUAUAAUAAUAGAACACCUAAAUGUUUUUCUAACUUACUGGAUCUUUAUCAAACUCCUGCUAGGUUUUGGCUUCCAUUUGAAAGUACAGUACAGGAAUUCUAGAUUAUUGGUUAAAUAAUUAUCAAAGUAAGUGCUAAGCCAGGAUGGCUAUUAUAACACUGUCUGUGUGUAUUGAGGCAUUUUUAAAUAUAAAAAUUUGUAAAUGGUUGAAAUUGAUGUACUGUACAUAUUCCUCGUCUCAUUAGAACAAUUUAUAUUCAUCAACUAUUAAAAUCAAAUAUAUUUACAGUCUUAAAUAACCAAAGCAGAAUAUAUUUGAUAAUCUGUGAUUCAUAUUUAACAUUAAUAUAGGGAUACUGUACUAGCAAAAACCUUUGGAUAUAGUAUACAGAAUCAUAUUUUAAUAUUAAACUGCUCUUUAUGCGUGAUUUUGUCAGGCGUGAGUAAUUAGAAUAUGACUUUGUAUCAAGGUAUUUAAAAAAAUGGCUCUUGGUUAUACUGGCCUUUGUGCCCAUUGUUGCAUGCACAGGACAAUGAUGAAUGGCUAUAUUUUGGUGAAGCACUGUUUUCUUUGAUUACUCAAGCACAAGUUUUUAUUGUAUUUAAAUGACUGAGGAGAACUGGUGCUGGUAAAUCAAUGGAAUUACUAAUAAUAUCCAGUUACCUUAUUGCUAUGCAAUAAUAUUUGUAACAUUAUCUAAUGAAUUAAAUACCACGAUGACCAUUAUGAUGCGUUACGUAUGUUUCUAUACUUGCUUCUUUAUUGAAGUAUCAAUUAAGAUUUAUAAUGAGUAAGUUAUACUUACUACUGAUGCUAAACGUAUGUCAACUAUUACUAUUAGAAAUGGGAUACUCCAGAAUUUUGUGCUUUAUAUAGAAAUGCUUAGUGCAUUUUAGUGUUGUGACUGGUACAGCUGUGGCCAGUACAGCUGUGACUGGUACAACUGUGGCCAGUACAGCUGUGACUGGUACAACUGUGGCCAGUACAGCUGUGACUGGUACAACUGUGGCCAGUACAGCUGUGACUGGUACAACUGUGGCCAGUGCAGCUGUGACUGGUACAACUGUGGCCAGUGCAGCUGUGACUGGUACAACUGUGGCCAGUGCAGCUGUGACUGGUACAACUGUGGGUUGUGCAGCUGGGACUGGAACUACUGUGUCCCAGCUGCUGUAACUGGUACAGUACUGUAUUUUGAAAACCUGUUGGUGAACAGUUGAACUUUUAAUUAAAAUGUUAAGUGCUGUAUGUUAUGUUGAGGGAAGGGAAGCUUUAAGUAGGUACAAAUAUGUUAUUAGUAAAGCUAUUUUAAAAUUAAUGGUAAUUAUUGUUUUUAAAGUCUAUCCAAAUUUGUUAGGACAUUCUUGUAUCACCUAUCUGGAAGUCAGUACAUUUGUAUACAGCAAUCUAAGUAAGGAAAUAUUCCCAUGUAUAAAAUUAUGGAAAUUAUUGUUCUACUGUACAGUAUUGUGAUAUUUACAGUCACACUUAAAUAGCAUUGCAAAAUGUAGUCAAGUUAGGUUUCAUGCAAUUUUUGUCAUGGUCACAUUAAAUGAUAUACCAGAGCUUGCCUAGACUGCUGAGAAUUAGCGGUAACAAGGAAAACCUAAGAAAGAAGAAACUCUUUAGUGAAAUUAAAACAUCUAUAUGGGACUGUAAAUGUCUUUGGUAUCUCGCACCAACAUUACAGAAUGAAGAUGUACCCCACCAAACACACACUUUUAAAAUGAGCUUAAACAUUAUUUGCAUUAUCAUAAUAUAGCAUAAAUGCUUAAUCAAUGUUGUAGAAAAGGUUAAUGCUCGUUGCUGGUGUCAAAAUUGUGGUUCGAGUCAAUUGAGUUCAGACCAUAAAGUGCUGUUUUAGAAAUGACCAGGCUAUUGUAGUCAGAACUCAUAUUGUGGUCAUAAUGCAAGAUGUACAGUACAGUGUUUGGGUUUACUCAGCGGUUAUAAAAUAUGCUCAGGUUAAGUUCAUAAGGGACAAUUUAUUCACUCCUCCUCUGGAGAAAAUUCAUGAUUUAUCACUACAGCUGGAAGACUCUAGUAAAAUGUUGAGACAACAACAAUAAUAUCAAAUUGGCCAGACUAUUUAAUCUUUAAAAACAAGGUUAUUUGUCCACUUGAACUAACUAGUUAUAAAUUCCA